GACUCCAGAACAGAUGCAGUCGUGGAUCACUCGCAUCAACGUGGUGGCGGCCAUGUUUUCUGCUCCUCCCUUCCCGGCGGCCAUCGGCUCUCAGAAGAGAUUCAGCCGCCCUCUACUGCCGGGGUCCAACACCAAACUCACACAGGAGGAGCAGUUGAAGUGUCACGAGGGUCGCUUCAGGUCCGUCUCGUCAGAUCUCUCAGAACUCUCCUCCGAACCCGACAGGAAGGUCAAAGGUCGCGAGAUGGACGAGCAGAAACUGAGGCAGGAGUACCUGGAGUUUGAGAAAACGCGGUACGGGACGUACUCCUUGCUGCUCCGCGCCCGGCUGGCUCACGGAGACGAGGACCUGUCGGCCUUCGAGGCGCGGCUGCUGGACGAUGGCCUGCAGAGGGCGCACUCCAGCCCCACGCUGCCGCAGGAACCACAGAAGAAGAGCCGCGGACACAAGACCUCCCGCAGCCUAAAGGGCACUUCCUCUUCUUCGUCCUCCUCCACUGACAGGAAGAAGAACGGAGGAGAGAAACCAGAGGAGGAGGCGGCGUGACGGACAGGAUGCAUUAUGGGUAGCAGACUCCUCCCACGACUUGCUUUGAUUGGCUGAGCAGCCGGUGAGGCGUUCGAGGGCCGUGGGAGACCAGGCGCUCGUUAGGAAGGAGGAGGAGCGUUUCAUUUCUCCACCAGUGAAACAUUCAGGAUCAAAAUCUGAAGAGACGUUUAAUUUCUGAUCCGCAGCUAGGGAGAGUUUCAAAAUAAAAGCUUUUAUUUCCUGUCUGAUCAUCAGCAGGGGGAGAGUUUCAAAAUAAAAGCUUUUAUUUCCUGUCUGAUCAUCAGCAGGGGGAGAGUUUCAAAAUAAAAGCUUUUAUUUCCUGUCUGAUCAUCAGCAGGGGGAGAGUUUCAAAAUAAAAGCUUUUAUUUCCUGUCUGAUCAUCAGCAGGGGGAGAGUUUCAUCGUUUUUUAUUUUCCUUAAGUUGACGGAGAAGAGCCUAAAUAUCGAAACCGACCGUAAACACUUAGUAGGUACGUGUGUGUGUGUGCGUGUGUGUGUGUGCGUGCGUGUGUGUGUGCGUGCGUGUGUGUACGUAUGUGCGUGCGUGUGCGUGCGUGUGUAAAUACUUUAUUUAUGUGUUUUCUUCUUGCUGGAACAAACAGGAAGUUCUUUAGUGACUGUAAACUACUGAGCAGAAAAUUCAUAUUUCCAACUUAAUUUAAAUUAUUUUUUGUCGAUGGAUUCAUUUGCAGAUUUUUUUCUUGGUGCUUAAAUUUAGAUAUAUCAUUAUUAUUUUGUAUUAUUGUUUAAAACUUUAUUUAUGGGGUCAUUUUCUAAAUAAAAUAACAAAAAAUGCAUGAAUGGAAAAAUAGAAAAUAAUAAAUUACAAACCCAUAAAAUAAAUAAAAUCUGGAAAUGCUAAACAACAAUAAUAUAGAACUUUUCCAUUUCUUAGUGAGACUUAAAGAUCUAUAGAGACAUUUUAUUUUGAAGGCAGCAGAUUUCCUGAAUUUAGAUAUUUUCUGCUCCGUGGUUUAGUCGCUGCUCUUCCUCUCGUCGCUGGAGUCCGUCCUCUUUCCACAUUCCUGUUGUAUCCUAAAGUUUAUGAAUUAUUAUCUUUCUUUGUUUUUGUUCAGAUGUGUUUCAUAUUUUUGUUAAAGGAAAUGAACAUUAAAUAAGGCUGGGGCUUCUGGGUAAUGAAGUUUUCUGUUGCUGCCAAUUGGAGACGACUUCAGACACUUAGUUUCAAAUAAAAAAUAACGUUAUAAGUGGGGGGUUGUGCGGAUUCAGUGUUUCUGAAAGCCUCACGAUUACUGACAGGAAGUGGUCACCAGGUGGCAGCAGAGAGAAAACUGCUCUUCUUCUUCACGGUUUUAUACAUAUUGUGUAUAAAUGUUUAAUAAUGCUGACAUUAUUUUUGAAAUGCAACUUUUUUUGAAACCCUGAUCAAUAAUCUGUGUCCCGAUCGCACUGAGGGGAAACUUGAAGAUUUAUCUUUUUGAGUUUGUUUUUUGAGUUUUUAUUGCAGGCCAUUUUGUUUUGUAAAGUUUUCCAGCUGUUUGUGAAACGCUGGAACCUGAUGCUGGAUCGACGUGUGGGUCAUCGGACUCAAAACUCUUUAAAAACUCUUUAAAACGAUGUAGAAACCAAGGUUUCAAAGGUACUGAGAGAACGGAAACUACGGAGGCUUUCGAACCAUAUUUAACGUGUUUGUUUACGCCAUGGUCCGAAGAACGUUGUCAUGUGAUCUCGCCGUGAGAGUUUCUCAACACUCCAUUUGAUAAACACUAACUUUGUUGUUCGACUUCAAGGACUUCUCCAAUAAGACCAUCUUAAAUCAGUUUUCCACGUUUGAUGUCCGACAUAAACCACAUCGGAGCUUCUUGUUUAAACUCCCGGUCGCAGACAGGAGUCAGUUCAUGGACUACAUUUCCCAUCAGGCCUUGCAACGCCUCAAGCUGAGUCCUAACGCUCCACUCACAAACACUUUACACCUUUAGCAGCAACGUUUAACUACGUGGUUAAGUUUAGAGGAACAUCAUGGUUUGGGUUAAAAUAAGUGAGUUUGUCUCGAGAACUAAGUUACGUUAGUAACCUAAGCUUUAAUCAUUAAAAGUUUGUUUCACGCGGGACAUCAGCGCUUCUCCCUAUGCAGACUUUAUAACUCUUUAAUAUCUAUGGAUGCAUUACGUGGUUAACAAACACGUAACUAGCUAUUCGUCUUGUGAUCAUGCAAGAAUUCAAAUUGUCAAAUCUGAAACUCGUCCACAUGGAAACACGAUUUUAUGGAGUUUUGGAAAAUGUACGUUUUGCUGAAACAGGAAAAUAUCCUUCUUUGUUAGAGCUUAGCAGACAGCAGGUGUUUAGAUAAGGAAAACAUCACGGUUUGGGUUCAAAUCAGUGAGCUUGUUACGAGAACUAAGUUACGUUAGUAAUCUAAAUUGGUUUGACGCGGGACGUUCACAUUUGAUCUGUUUGUGAACGCAGCAAAAACAAACGUAGUCCACCGCAGAAGAAGGGUCUGACCCGAAAGCUUUACGUGUUUAGGUUCACAAAACAUCGGUUUGGGGUUAAAAAGUGUUCGUGACGUUCAAACCGAAGUCUUAAACGAGGCGCUUGUUUUCCCGCCCGUGUGUAGGAAGAUUCAGGAAACUUAAUACCUCCAAAAUCCAACUUUCAUAGGAAGUUAUUUCCGUGUUACACAUCGAUGAUCCACUCCUUUUACUUUGGAAAACCCGCACAUUUCCCGAACACUCCUCGACUCUGAGAGAACGUUGGAGACGAGAACGGGACGUAGAGACGCUCCUCUCCGUCUCCAAUAACCUCGGGUCGUAUUUACUCCUCUAAUAUCCAGUUGUGUAUUCGGGUGUAUUGUCGCUCUGUGCAAUGUAAGCAGCAUAGGAUGAACCGUCUAAGAGUCAUGGCCGCUUCCAGCUGUGUCCGUGUUUGUAAAUAAAGUUGAAGCCAUCCUGAAGUCGGCCGGACGUUUAGCUGCUGGUUAGAUUUAAAGCAGACGUUAUUUAUUCUUUAGUUUCUGUGAAUGUUUUUUUUGUUGAUAGCUGUACAUACCGUCCACUUCCUGUGAGGCUCGUAGUGAAACACAGACUUCCUGUUUGUACCUUGUUGAAGGCUUAGAGGCAAAAAUAAAAACAUUUCAAAAACAAGAGUCCGUUUUUAUUCAAAGUCUCAGAAACAGUCGCAGCGCUUGUCUCGUUAAAUACAGAAUAUAUUCCAUCACCAAACAGAGAAUACACAGUAUUAGUAAAAACAUGUUAUCUGAAAGUAACGGAGAAGUCCUCAUUAAUUAAACAAUUCAGUCUUAUUAAUGUUUUGAAUCAAAGCUCAAAUAAAAAACACUCAAAAUGA